GUCUAAAGAGUAACUCUAGUUUUUUAAAAAUAUGUUAUACGAAAACUGAGUUGAAAACUACUCUAGGAAAACAUUUUUAAAGUUAUUGUUGGCUGGUGGGAAUAUGGGGUGGAGUUGUUCUUAGAGAAAUGAGAGCAGCAAUAAAAAGGAAGUUUAAAAAAAAGCUUGUCACAGGGCAGCAUAGUUCCAGAAGACAGUACUGACCAAGGAGCAGAAAAGCAAGAUGAAUGAUGUGAAACUUGCUGUCUUGGGUGGUGAAGGAACGGGCAAAUCUGGUCCCUACAUCCUUAAAUAACUGCAAAUACUUGGUAGUGUCCUUGUGACUAUUACAUCUAGUACUUUGAAGCCAGACUGAAUUUGAUAGAGAAAAUAAACAGAUGUCAAACUUCUUGCAUCUUAAAUAUGAGAAAUCUGUUUCUGUUACAAAAGCUCUUACAGUGAGGUUUCUUACUAAGCGAUUCAUUGGAGAAUAUGCUUCUAAUUUUGAAUCUAUCUAUAACAAGCACUUGUGUUUGGAAAGGAAACAACUAAAUCUGGAAAUAUAUGACUCUUGUUCUCAAACACAGAAAGCAAAAUUCUCCCUCACAAGUGAGCUUCACUGGGCAGAUGGGUUUGUUAUUGUGUAUGACAUCAGUGAUAGGUCUUCAUUUGCUUUCGCGAAAGCACUGAUCUACAGAAUCCGGGACCCACAGACUAGUCAUUGUAAAAGAGCUGUGGAAUCAGCAAUGUUUUUGGUUGGCAACAAACGAGAUCUUUGUCAUGUGCGAGAGGUUGGCUGGGAAGAAGGGCAAAAGCUGGCACUGGAUAACCGAUGCCAAUUCUGUGAACUGUCUGCAGCAGAGCAGUCUCUGGAAGUGGAAAUGAUGUUUAUCAGAAUUAUCAAGGACAUCCUGAUAAACUUCAAACUCAAAGAAAAGAGACGACCCAGUGGAUCUAAAUCAAUGGCCAAAUUGAUCAAUAAUGUAUUUGGAAAGAGAAGGAAAUCUGUUUAGUAGACAUGAAAUGACUAUGAACCACAGCUAUGUUUUCAAACAUGUAGUUUGCCUUUUUGUUUGUUGUAUCCUGUUCACUCUCCUUCACACAGAACCUUUCAUUUAUUGUACAACAUUGUACUCACCCUAACCUACUGGUGGACAGCUAUCCAGUUUGCCUUGACAAAUAUACUCUGCUUAUGUGAAUUUAUUAAAUGACCAUGCCAUA